AUGAGUAACACAUCAUCGGGUACCGAAGGACCCGGCAGACGAACGUCAAUGUCCAAACGGUCGCCGUCAAUUCUGGUGACAGAUGCACGUUCUUCAGCCAAAAGGAUCAGUGCACCAUUUGCAGGACAUGCAGCUGGAAUGAGAGGCAGUAAGCCUUCGAGAUCAGGACCCGAUAGGCCUGAACGUUUUCGGGGCGUUUCUGCUGAUUAUAAGCCUGGUUUGAGGCGUCGUGGUAGUAUCAAUACGAGCAGCAAUGACCUGCUGCCGGUUCGUCGGUCGAAAAGCAACCAGAAACUCAAGCAACAGGGCAAAUUUAGUGACAUUUCCAUCGAUAAUAUUCUGUCAGAUGUAUCUGAUGUUCCGUCUGGUCGCAGGGAAGAACGGUUGUCCUUGUCAUCUCACGACUUCAGCACCCCCUCAGACGGCAGAUUUGUUCGAUCCGCUCAACAUGCCAAAAUGAUCAAUCCUCUCCCUCCACGAACCUCCAAAACAUCCAAGAAACUGGUUUUGAUCCCUGAGGGAGCAGACCGGAAAAGUAACUCGCAGGACUUGGAUAGAAAAUGGCACUCUUUCGACUCAAAAGCGCAUUCCGACAAAUCUUCGCAGUCACACGAUGAAUUGUCUCGAAUAACGGCCUAUAACGUUGCAGAAGGGUUUGAUACUCAACUCGCCUCCAAAUUUCUCAAGUCGACCCAUGACGUAUCCCCUAGACUGUACGAUGAGUGUCUAUAUGUUCCCUACUGUCUACCAUUACUUCCUGGGAAAGAUGGGUUCAGAAUAAAAUCGAAUAUCUCGAAGAAAACGGUUGGCGGCAAGACCCUUAUAGAUCGAUUAAUCGAUAAAAGUGAACAGCGAGAUCACCACUACGAGUAUUAUUCAGGAGUUGAAACGGUAGAAGAUAUGAACAAUAAUUUUGAGUUGGACGAAUCUGCUGCCAAUGAAAAUGACAGGUUUGACGUAAUUCCCACACCUGACCAUCUUCCCAAUCCGACAAGCAAUAACACAGCUUUAUUUGAUCCGGGAGAACCCCAGUUUUUUGCUGAGGAAAGCUCAAAUGACGAGUUAGGGAGUAAUGAUUUGAGUAAACCAUCAGAACCUGCCACGCCGUCAUUUCAAGAAAGAAGAUCUCUUGAUACAUAUGAUGCUAGUAAGCAGCAGCAUGCAGAGAUGUUCAUUUUUAGUUAUGGGGUCGUGGUCUUCUGGAAUUUCACGGAAAUACAAGAGAAGAACAUCUUAGGAGACAUUGCAUUUGCAGAUUAUGAUGACUUGGUCAUCUGGCCGUUAGAUGAACAGGAUAUUGAAACCGAACAAUUUCAUUUCGAAUAUGACAAGGACAUUGACAGACCUAGUAUUUUCAAUGACAUUGUUACGCUUCGAUCGGGGGAUCACAUUACGAAAAUGACCUUAUCACACUCAAUUGCUCAGUCCACUAAAUUGUCAAGGUUUGAGUCUAGAAUAUCACCCAUUUUAGGCACGGUCUCAAAGCUGCCAAGGAGAUUGGCACUGUAUGGAUCUUUGGGUCUCAAGCGCGAACAACUCUUGAAAAAAUCCGGCAAACUCUUUAAGCUGAGAGUGGAUGUAAAUCUUUCUUCCAGCGUACUGGACACACCAGAAUUUUUUUGGUCCUUCGAGCCAAGUCUUCAUCCAUUGUAUUUAGCCAUGCGGGAAUAUCUUGAAAUUGACCAAAGAGCGCAAGUGCUAAACGAUAGAUGCAAAGUCUUUUUGGAGUUUUUCGAUAUCUGUGUUGACUCCGUGGCCGAAAGAAACAUGGCCAGGAUAACAUGGUGGUUCAUUGCCGUCAUUUGUGUCAGUGUCUUGGUCUCGAUAGGCGAGAUAAUUGUUAGGUCAUUCAUUAUCCGUCAACUCAAAAAUCAUCACUGA